CAUGACGAAAUCAACACGGCUGCUCACCCGGUCCACGAUGAUUGCGAAGCUGCAAUGAAACAAGACUUGUCGCUGCCACCGAGGAACCGUCUAUGGUCGACCAUACCAUAUUUGAGCCUGUUCUUAUCCGUUAAGAUGUAUUGAGAGCUUACUCAGUACCUCCUACUAUUUCGCUCCAACAAUUGUACCAGUUUUCUUGUUUAUGAAGCAUCCACCACGCUUGUUCCGCCAAGUUCCGAUCACUUAAAACAUCAUCGGUGCGAGCUCGUGUUCAAAAGCUGCCAGCUGCGGCCAAUUCCUGGAGCUCCAAUCCACAAUCUUUUCAAUGGCUUCCGAAGCUGUAAAGUCCGGCGAGAAGCUCGACAAGGCGAGCCUCUCGCCGUAUGGCGAAGCCAGGGCGACCGUGAACGACAACCCACUCAGCGAAGAUGAGGUUAGCCGCCUCACCGAGUAUUUCCAUGCGACUUUGUACCUAUGUCUGGGCAUGAUCUAUUUGAAGCAGAACCCAUUGCUUCGCGAGCCUCUCACUGUCGAUCACCUGAAGAGACGUCUCUUGGGCCACUGGGGUUCAGACGCUGGGCAAAGCUUCACAUACAUCCACAUGAACCGCUUGAUCAGGAAGUAUGAUCUGAAUGCAAUCUUCAUCUCGGGACCUGGACAUGGUGCCCCCGCCGUCCUUUCUAAUUCUUACCUGGAGGGCACAUACUCCGAGGUAUACCCAGAUAAGAGUGAAGAUAUUGAUGGCAUGAGGCGAUUCUUCAAACAAUUCUCGUUCCCCGGUGGCAUCGGGUCACACGCUACACCAGAGACGCCAGGAAGCCUGCACGAAGGUGGGGAACUUGGCUACUCAAUAUCACAUGCUUUUGGAACAGUAUUCGAUCACCCUGAUCUGAUCACUCUCACAAUGGUGGGAGACGGUGAAUCAGAGACUGGUCCGCUUGCCACCAGUUGGCACUCGACAAAAUUCCUCAACCCUAUUACGGACGGAGCAGUCAUUCCAGUACUGCACUUAAACGGGUACAAGAUCAACAAUCCUACUGUGCUAUCCCGUAUAAGCCAUAGAGAACUUGAAGCACUCUUUGUUGGAUACGGCUGGACCCCCUAUUUCGUUGAGGGCAGUGAUCUACCCACAAUGCACCAGGCUAUGGCAACCACGUUGGAGAAGUGCGUUACCGAGAUCAAGUCAUAUCAGAGAAAAGCUCGGGAUUCUGGGAAAGCUUUCAGGCCUUUGUGGCCGAUGAUCGUCCUGAGAACCCCCAAGGGAUGGACCGGACCGCGCAAGCUCGGAGACCAUUUCUUGGAAGGCUUCUGGCGUGCACAUCAGGUUCCCAUUACCGAUGUUUUGAAGAACAAGGCCAGUUUACAGAAGCUGGAAGAGUGGAUGCGAAGCUAUCAGCCCGAGAAGUUGUUCGGAGAGGACGGAAAGAUUAGACCUGAUCUGAAAGAGCUCGCUCCUACUGGCACUCGCAGGAUGAGCGCCAACCCCAUAGCUAACGGUGGCGUUCUCCGACGUAAACUGAACUUACCCGACUGGCGGGAGUACUGCAUAGAAGUGGAAAUGCAUGCUACCUCCAGGUUCGGAAGCAUGAGUAAUUUCGCGAAGUACCUCAGGGACGUUGUGGUGAAGAAUCAAGACCAGUUCCGCGUGUUUGGUCCAGAUGAGACGGAGUCUAAUAAGCUCAGUGCCAUUUAUGAGGGUGGCAAGAAAGUGUGGAUGGGUGAUUACUUCGAAGAAGAUGAAGACGGCGGUAACCUCGCCUUCGGCGGACGCGUUAUGGAAAUGCUUUCGGAGCAUACUGUUGAGGGCUGGCUCGAGGGUUAUGUUCUGUCCGGCAGACACGGCCUACUCAACUCUUACGAACCUUUCAUCCACAUCAUUGACUCCAUGGUCAACCAGCACUGCAAAUGGCUGGAGAAAUGCCUUGAAGUCGACUGGAGGGGAAAAGUCCCUUCGUUAAACAUCCUCCUCACAGCGACCGUAUGGCGCCAAGAUCACAACGGCUUCACGCACCAAGAUCCAGGUUUCCUUGAUGUAGUGGCCAACAAGAGUCCAGAAGUCGUGCGGAUCUACCUUCCUCCAGACGCGAACUGCCUACUCUCGACUAUGGAUCACUGCUUCCGCAGCUCGAAUUACGUUAAUGUGAUUGUGGCUGACAAGCAAGAACACCUCCAAUUCUGCACUAAGGAGCAAGCUAUCGCUCAUUGUAGCAAAGGUGUCGGCAUUUGGCCCUGGGCAAGCAACGACCAAGACGAUGAACCUGAUCUCGUCAUGGCCUCGUGUGGUGAUGUUGUCACUGCCGAAGCUCUUGCUGCAACCGCACUCCUUCGCGAACAUCUGCCUCAGCUGAAAAUUCGCUUCGUCAACGUUGUCGACCUGUUCAAACUCAUCUCUCCUGAUGAACAUCCGCAUGGCCUCAAGGACCACGAAUUCAAGGCCAUUUUCACAGAUGACAAGCCUAUCAUCUUCAACUUCCAUUCAUACCCGGGCAUCAUCCAUCGCAUGACCUACCGCCGGAAGGGCCAGCAUAAUCUGCACGUACGUGGCUACAGGGAGAAAGGAAACAUCGACACCCCACUUGAAUUGGCCAUUCGCAACGGAAUUGAUCGUUUCAGUUUGGCGAUCGAUGCGAUCGACCAUCUUCCUGGUCUUGGUAACAAGGGCGGAGUGGCACGGGAGAUGCUACUGGACAAGCGAGUCAAGGCGGAGAAUUAUGCGUUUCAUGAAGGUAUAGAUCCCGAGGAUUUGGAGUCUUGGACGUGGCCGCAAACUCUCAACGACAAGGAUUCCGAAGUAUAGAACCUAGCACUAUAAGAUAGGCGUUCUACGCACCAAGUCCCAAAAACAUAGUGGCCAACGUUACCUGAAAUAAGCACCUUGGCUGUUCUUUAUG